AUGGAAGACUUGAGAUCCAAAUCAUGUGGCGAUGGAAGAAUGCAUCAUAUAGGGAGCUAUAGCGGACCCACUUCGUCGUUUAGGAACGGUAUCCACAGCAUGCAAGAUCUUAGGUGUUACAGUGCAUCCUAUGCCUCAGCAACGCGCCCUGGCCAGACCCAGAUGCCGAAUACGGAUGCUAAGUUCAAGAAAGGCAAGUCAACAAAGGGGUCUUCUUCAAAGAGCUGGAGUUUCAACGAUCCGGAGUUGAAGAGGAAGAAGAGGGUGGCUAGCUAUAAGGUUUACACUGUUGAAGGGAAGGUGAAAGGGUCUUUAAAGAAGAGUUUUAGGUGGCUCAAGGAUAGGUACACUAGGGUAGUUCAUGGAUGGUGGUAA